CCUAAUGGAGGAUGAAGUAUUGCGUGGUGGAAAGCUUUGGUCAACACAAAUUGAUGGAAUUCGGUUUGAUGUUGCACAUCUAACAUAUCAAAAAGCUACUAUUCUCCUUGACCAAAAUGUUUAUCCGACUAGAGAUGAACAAAUAGAAUUUAUGAAAAAGUCAAUAAAUGAAGAUAAAGAUCUCCUUCAACUGGAAAAGAACUUCUUACUUGAAAUGUUAGACCUAGAGUUUGACUGA